AUGGACUUAGAUGUGUUCUUACUUGCUAGUUUAUGUUCAGAAAGCAAGAUUACAGUAUUUGGUAGACUUGCAAUUGAGACGAGGAAAGAGCGUUCAACGGCGGCUGUUAAGCAUUUGAUUGGAUCUCUCACCAAAACGAUAAAUUUUAAGCAAAAGGCACUGGUUAUAGUCCGCUUUAACGAACUUGUGAUGAAGAAGCUUUUGGAGGGAGCUUUGGAAACUUUCCAGAGAUACUCGGUGAAAGAAGAAGAUAUUGAUUUAAAACUGAUGCUGUUUCUUGGUGAUGCUGUAGGAGUUCCAUGCAUAUUUGGCAUUCUAACAUGUGAUGACAUGGACCAGGCUUUAAAUCGAGCUGGGGGAAAAGCUGGGAACAAGGGCGCUGAGGCUGCUCUGACUGCUAUUGAGAUGACAUCCCUUUUUGAGCACCGUUUGAAGCAGUGA